AUGUCGUUCUUCGGCUUCGAUUCUAACCGCCACAACCCCGCGGCGACCGGGUUCUCGCAAGCCCAUAAUCCCUUUGCCGGACUGUCGAACCGCGAAGACGAGGGCGAUGCGCUAGAGUUCGAGGAAACCUACGAUGGGCUUGGUGACCACCUGGAUGAGACAGGCGAUGCCUUCAAUGACGAUACAUUCGGUGACACUGCCGGUCUCGAUACCAGGCCAGUAGGCAAGGAUUUCGACUUCUUUAAUACUACCGCCAAGGUCGCCGAUGCCAUCGAAGAGGAGCAUGUUCGCUUCACGCGACAGCAACCCGCUACUAGGGCUCCGCAGCCGGCGUAUCAAGCUCCAGCACACGCUGCCCCUCAGCAACAUGCUGCCGGUCAAUCAUCCUAUGGUUAUUAUCCCCAGCCCGCUGCCUACAAACCGGCUCGGACUGGCUAUGAAAAGUACAGCGCCGAGCCGGUAGCUGAACUACAGGUUGAUGCCGCUCUUUGGGGAGUCGCGCCGAAGAAACAGCCUCAGCCAGCUCCCGCUGCCUCCCCGGCGCCCGUGCCCGCAGCGGCGCCGAGUCGAAAGGUGCUAAGUCUAGAAGAGGUCGAAGCUCAGAUGCGAGCUCAGGCCAAGAAGUCCGCGCAGCAGGCUACGCCGUCCCCGGCGCCUCCGGCAGCUGCCAUUCCGGCUAGUUCCCAGGCGCAAGUCCCACCGAUGCACUAUGACCAAGCGUAUCAGUUCCCGCAGCACCAAGCCCCACCGCAAACUGAGCAUCCGGGCCAAGACCAAGCUGCUGCUCAUGGACACGGACAUUCCGUCACUAUCCUGCAGAGGCCCGCUUCCAAGCAAGCUCCUUCUCCGCAACCACCAACUCAGCCUGCAGCGCAUCUGCGCCAGCAGCAGUCAUCUUCUAUGCAGCCAACGCAGAUUUUGCAGAACCCCAACCGCGUCUCUGGAGAUACCCCUAAAGUCGGGGUGCGUCAGCAUCCUACCCCGACAAUGCCGGCGAGUUACCCAGCCCAUCCUGUCCAUAGACAGCAGGGGUCGUUUUCACGCCAACCGCAAAUCAUCACUCAUCCGUCCCAGUUGGCUCAGCUGAGUGAAGAGGAAAAGGCGGCGUACCUCGAGCAGGAGGCGAAGAGAGCCAAGCGCAACCACAAAAUAUUCCUCAUGUCCCGCGACAAUGGCAUCAUGACACCCCAGGACAAGAGUUUUGUGACUCGGAUUCAGCUUCAACAACUUGUGGCCGCCACCGGCAACCCGAAUGAACACGGCACCGACGAGUCUCUAGCUGAGGACUUUUACUACCAGGUCCACAGCCAGAUCCAGGGCAGCCAGCGCCAGCAUCCCAACCAGCCGCUCAACAACUUUGCGCAGACUUAUCUCUUCCAGACUGGGAGUCGCCAGGGCGGCAUGCGUCGUCACCACCGCGGACCCGAGAACCACAUGCAGCGCAUGGAACAGCAGGUCCAGCGCGCUGUCGAGGCAGCCAAAAAUAAACCCAAGAACAAGCAGCUCGUGAUUGAGGGCAGCCUCGGGAAGAUCUCGUUCAGCAAUGCCAAAACCCCCAAGCCGCUUCUCAACAUCAAGCGCGCUGAGAGCACCACCGAGGCCAACCGCCCUGCGAGCGCGCAUAGGCACAUCGCCCACGAUGGUGACAGGAAGACUGACCUGCGCUCAAUCGAACGCAUCUACACAACGCUUAUGCAAAUGGAGGAUCACGACCGAAACAUGCCGCCGCCUCCCGCAAAUGACGCCGACACGGAGGCCAUCCAGAAGUUCGUUACCUGGAAUAGCGAAGCGCAGAUUCUCAACAACCAGCUCUGGGACAGCCUCCGGAUUCACGACCAUCCUGACAACGGUCGUGUCCAUCCCUUCAUUGCCCUUUUCUCGUACACCAAGGGCAUGAAGGCGAUGCAACGUAUUUCCCGCCAUCUUACCCAUGAGCAGCGCACGACGAUCCUCACACUUAUCCUCGUGAACCUCGACAAUCUCGAGGUUGUACGCAACGCUCAGGUGACGCCUGAGGUAAUGCAGUUAAACGCUGCCAUGCGUGAGAACGUGGAGCUAUUUUCCGUUUCCGUCAUGUCGACUCUGUUCACCAUCUUGAACGAGCUCGACGUGGACCUUGUUGCCGGCAUGCUCGGCCUUGUCUGCACUCGCAACGUCGAUGUCAUCUCUAAGAGCAGAAUCGGUGCUUCCAUGCUCACCAUGAUCCUGAGCCGCGCCGAGAUUAUUAAGCACGGCGGAGGCGGCAAUGAGCAGGCCUGGCGCUCAUGGGAUGCCACCCACACGCAGUUCUUCGAUCUAAUCGAACCCUCGCUCCCCCACACCUUCCCGGGCCCCGUCACCGCGGGUGACGAUAUCUACGUCUGGCAACUCUUAGCCGCGCUCGGAAUCGGUGCCAGCCCCGAUCAGCAGCAGAGACUAGUCUUGGCCGUCAAGGAUCGUGUGAUGGACACCGUCGCGCUUUCCAACACGCUUCCCCAGGACUUGGCUGCCCAGCGUCUCCAGAACGUCAACCUCUUCAUGCGCUCUAUUGGCUUGGACGUUGAGCUGCUUCAGUAG